UACAGAUAUAUACAGCCAGCCCAAGACUAAGUACGCAUGCCCAAGACCACUUUACAGGCCCAGUUUUACUAGUCAUGCCGGCCCACAUCGCCCUGUUUGCCGCCAGCCACCGCCUCGAACGUUCUGGCGCGUCUGUCUCCACGGAAGACUCGUGUCUUCCACCUCAUUCGCGACCCCGCCACGCGUUCACAACUCUUCCGCUCCGGCCGGCAGAUCUCUCCACGCUCUUCUCGCCGCCGACUAUGAGACUGCAUAUAUAUAAGUCAGUAGCCGCCGAGAGCUCAUCCAUCCAAGGAGAAGCAGACAGCAAAAGCAACUAGAUCGAGACAUCCAUCGCCAUCAUAUCAUCGAGUGGUACUAUAUACUACUACGAUGGCAACGGCACGAGCACUCCGCCUGGUCGUCACGAGGCCGCCGGCUACCAGCAGGGACGGCCUCCUGGCCGACGUGCGUCACCGACUCCUGUCCGUGUCGACCGAAGCCGCGGGCGCGGGCGACACGGCCGUGCACUCCGGUGACGCUCCGAGCGACGAUUACAUGGACCGGCCGCCGAAGUUCUCCGGCGCCGAGGAGGCCACUGGCGCUGGGGGCCGCGGCGGCAAGCACCCGGUGGGAAAAGCGGGGGCGACACCGGGGCACGCGGAGGCGGCAGCAGAUCAGCGCGUCCCGCCGUUCGCGCCCUCGGGGAAGAAACCGCCGCUGGCCGGGUCCGAACAUGAGCUGGCGGACCCGGCGGGAGGCGCGUCGUUCACGCAGAAGCGGCGGCUGUCCUCCUCCUCGCGGGAACGGGACCCGCGCGAGGCGGCGACGCCCGGCGAGUCCGAGUCAGCGGCGCGCAAGGUGAGGGAGGAGGACAGGGAGUACUACCGGACGCACAAGCCGUCGCCGCUGGCGGAGGUGGAGUUCGCGGACACGAGGAAGCCCAUCACGCGCGCCACCGACGGCAGCGCCACGGACCGGUACGCGGACGUGCCGGGAAGGAUGGUGGAGGACACGGUCGACGACUCGCUGGCGCGCGCCGAGGCCAUGUUCAGGGAGGCCGCGGCGCGCGGGAACCCCGAGUGGCCGCACUCCCGCGCGCUCGCCGACAUGCUGGCGCGCCGCGAGCUUGGGAAGGACGCUGCUGGGAGCGGCAAACCCUGCUGGGGCAGCUGAGGGCGGAGGCCUCACGCAGAAGCAGUGUUUGACGAGCACGUUGUACUUGUACAGUUGUUUGUGAUGGUGAGCUCUGAUAUAUAUGAGCAGCGGUAGACCGGUAGUAGUACUACUAAAGUUACCCCCUCAAUAUGUAGGGUUUUCAUCCUUCAUCUAUAACAAAAAAAAGUUUACAUUUCAACUAAAAGUACUAC